UCAUUCACAUAAAACCCUGCGCUGCCGGCGGAAUCCCCGGCUUCUGGGGCGGCGAGUGGCAGGGCUGGGUGCGGAGUGUACCGGGCGGGAAAGAAGCGCGGAGCGGCCGCUCGGGCGUCGGGCUCCACCGGCCGGCGCAGUGCCUCGCCAGCGGGCACCCUGGCCGUGGGUACCAGUGCGGCGCGCGGCGUGGGGCCGCUGAGCGGCGUCGGCAUGAAGGUCACGUCGCUCGACGGGCGCCAGCUGCGCAAGAUGCUCCGCAAGGAGGCGGUGGCGCGCUGCGUGGUGCUCGACUGCCGGCCCUACCUGGCCUUCGCCGCCUCGAGCGUGCGCGGCUCGCUCAACGUCAACCUCAACUCGGUGGUGCUGCGGCGGGCCCGCGGCGGCGCGGUGCCGGCGCGCUACGUGCUGCCCGACGAGACGGCGCGCGCGCGGCUGCUGCAGGAGGGCGGCGGCGGCGUGGCGGCCGUGGUGGUGCUGGACCAGGGCAGCCGCCACUGGCAGAAGCUGCGCGACGAGAGCGCCGCCCGCGUCGUGCUCACCUCGCUGCUCGCCUGCCUGCCCGCCGGCCCGCGGGUCUACUUCCUCAAAGGGGGAUAUGAGACCUUCUACUCGGAAUAUCCAGAGUGUUGUGUGGACGUAAAGCCCAUCUCACAAGAGAAGAUGGAAAGCGACAGAGGGCUUCUCAGCCAGUGUGGGAAACCAGCGCCCAGCCUCAGCCACAGGCCGGCUUAUGACCAGGGUGGCCCAGUGGAAAUCCUCCCUUUCCUCUACCUUGGAAGUGCCUACCACGCAUCCAAGUGCGAGUUCCUGGCCAACCUGCACAUCACGGCCCUGCUGAAUGUCUCCAGGCGGACCUCCGAGGCUUGCACGGCGCACCUACACUACAAGUGGAUCCCUGUGGAAGACAGCCACACAGCCGACAUUAGCUCCCACUUUCAAGAAGCAAUAGACUUCAUUGACUGCAUCAGGGAAAAGGGAGGCAAAGUCCUGGUCCAUUGUGAGGCAGGGAUCUCCCGCUCGCCCACCAUCUGCAUGGCUUACCUCAUGAAGACCAAGCAGUUUCGCCUGAAGGAAGCCUUCGACUACAUCAAGCAGAGAAGGAACGUGGUCUCGCCCAACUUUGGCUUCAUGGGUCAACUCUUGCAGUAUGAAUCUGAGAUCCUGCCUUCCAUGCCCACCACCCAGGCCACCUCCUGCCAAGGGGAGGCGGCAGGCCCUUCAUUUCUAGACCAUUUGCAGACACUGGCUCCUGACAUGCAGGGCUCCUACUGUACAUUUCCUACCUCGGUGCUGGCCCCAGUGCCCGCCCACCCCACAGUCUCAGAGCUUGGCAGGAGCCCCGUGGCCACAGCCACAUCCUGCUAAACCCAGGACGGUGGGGCUGGUCCCGUUCCAAGAGCAGCUGUGAUUCUCAUUUUUUGUAAACUCACGGACAUUUCAUACCUGUGCAAUACUGAAGACCUUGCUCUAUCACACUGUCCCAGUGGGAUAGCGGGGGUCACCAGUUGCAAAUGGACUUUGGACUGACCUCGGGAUCAGGUUCUCGGGAGCAAAGGAAGGCCAAGCCAUUACAUGAGCACAGUGAGUGCCGACUACUGUCCUCCCAGACCCCUGCCCUCUCAGGACCGCACAGUCCUCGCCCCUCAACACCCGCCUUUUCAUUUCAAGCAUAUGGCAAUAAAUAACCUGCAGCAACGUGGGAGAAAGCAGUUGCUGGACCAGGAGAAAAGGCAGUUACAAGCCAAUUCAUUUUGAAGGAAGCACAAUUUCCACCAUCUCUUUUGAAGUUGACAGUCUCAUUAUCUGUCUCUGUUGCUUCAGGGCGUAAGCUGAUCACCAUUUGUCAGGGAGGGGACCCCUUGAGCUUUGUAGGUCCACUGGUGUCAACCAUCCU